AGCGGCUGAAUUCCCAUCAGUGCCGCAGGUUUGUCCAGAACCAGCUGAGUGAGUGAGUGAGUGAGGGAGGACGACGGGUCCUCCAGGUUCACCUUCGCCCCUGAAUUAGCUGUAAAAACACGCUCACCAUGUCCAGAUGUUGUGGAGCUCAGUCCAACUGAAUGUUUACCUCGGACUCUUUCCUCUUCCUCAUGUUUAAUCUGAGUCGACCCUGAACUCAUCGAGCCAAACCCUGUUUAUGAGGGAGGUGGAUCCACCAGCUCAGAUCAGUCACUGCCUGUUUCUGCAGGAGAACUAACACAGAGACUCAUCAAGACCAGAGACUCGUCAAUAUCAGAGACUCGUCAAGAUCAGAGACGCCUCAAGACCAGAGACUCAUCAAGACCAGAGACUCGUCAAGACCAGAGACUCGUCAAGACCAGAGACUCGUCAAACUCAGAGUCCCCAGACUCAUGAGUGAAGGACGCCACCAUGCCGAAGAAUUCCCACAAGUCCAGGUUUUUCGCGUCUGUCUUCAUCGUUCUGGUCAUCUCCAUCAUCACCGCCAUCAUAACAAUGGUAAUUUUUUACCAAAUCCAGACCUCAACCAUGAACCCGACGCCCCGUCCAACCUUCCCACCAACCCCCACAGUGCCACCACUCGCCACGCGGCUGCCAAGGAGCAUCGUACCCGAGCGUUACCAGGUCUCCCUCAAAACACACUUCUACAACCAAAUCAUGGAGCCGGAGAACGUCACUGCUUCCAACCAGACGACGUUCUUCACGGGAAACUCCACCGUUUACUUUGAAUGUGUCCAGGCCACCAGCACCGUCCACCUGCACAUCCGCGAGCUGACAGUGUGGGGCGCUGUGGUGAAGAAUAUAAACACCAAGGAGACCAUCGAGUGCAGCACAAGUUACGAUGAAGAGCUGAGUGAGUUUCUGGAGAUCCAGCUGAGUGAGGAGUUAAAGGUGGGAGAAAACUACAGUUUGUUUCUGAAGUUUGAAGGCUUCAUGUCAUAUCUGGAAGGCUUUUACCUGAGCAUGUACAACCACAGAGGCGCCGCCCACCACAGGGAUUCCAACACUGAAAGAUUCAUCGCCGCCACUCAAAUGGCGCCGACGUUUGCCCGGCACGUGUUUCCUUGUCUGGAUGAACCGGACCUGAAGGCUGUGUUUGAAGUGACCAUCAUCCACAGAAAAGACACCAUGGCUCUGGGAAACAACAGAAUGAAGACAGAUUUCAUAGAUGGAGAGUGGAAAUACACGAUCUUUGAACCCACGCCCAGGAUGUCCACGUACCUGUUUGCCUUCGUCGUAUCCGACUUUACGGCCACUGAAUCGUCACAUGACUCGGUCACAAUAAGAACGUUUGCUCGUCCUGAGGCCACGGCAGCGGGACACGCCCACUACGCCGCCAACAUCACAGGAAAGAUUCUCUCCUUCUACGAGGAAUAUUUUCAGAUCGAUUACUCUUUACCAAAGCUGGACCAGGUGGCCCUGCCUGACUUAGUUCAUGCUGGGAUGGAGAACUGGGGACUGGUGACGUAUCAGGAAAGAGAAGUGCUCUACGAGGAAGGCGUGUCCUCACUGUUGCUCAAGGAAAAUAUCGCCAACAUCAUCGCACAUGAACUGGCUCAUCAGUGGUUUGGAAAUCUGGUGACCAUGAAAUGGUGGAAUGAACUUUGGCUGAAGGAGGGAUUUUCUACCUACAUGUCCAACUUAGCGGUGGAUGACGUGGAACCUUCCUUCAGAGCAGGCGAGAUUAACCUCAUCUAUGACUUUGAAGCGGCGUUCAUGGCGGACGCCCUGGCCUCGUCUCGUCCUCUCGUCCCUCCUCAGGACCAGGUCCAGACUGCAGAUGAGAUCCAGCAGAUGUAUGAUGUAAUCACCUACGAAAAGGGGGCGCUGGUGCUGAGAAUGCUCGCUGACAUUGUGGGAAAAAGAUAUUUCAAAAAAGGGAUCAAUAUGUACCUGGAAGACUUUAGUUGCAAAAGCACCGACCAGAACGACCUGUGGAGAACCAUCCAACAGGUGUUGCCUAAGGACACUGGCAUUGACAUUGCUAUGGUGAUGGACACAUGGACCAAACAAAGUGGUUUUCCUGUCAUCACCAUCAACACCACCACUGGAGAAUUUUACCAGAAGCGCUUCCUCUACAAUGACUCCUCCCAAUCCAAUGUUUGGUGGUCUGUCCACAUCACGUCCAUGUCCAAUUCCUCUGUGUUUCGUCCUUUUUUGUUGGAGACCAGUGACAAAGUGAGAAAAGAAGAAUUCAUUUCCAAGAACGGAGAGUGGAUCCUGGCCAACAUCAACUGCACAGGAUUCUACAGAGUUAAUUACAACCUGGAGAACUGGCACUUCCUCCUGACUCAGCUGGAAACUGAGCCACAACGGAUCCCACUGAUGAACAGAUGGCAGUUUGUCGAUGACGCCUUUAACUUGGCGAGGGCUAAACUUGUUAACGUGACUCUGGCUCUGAAUUCAACGCGUUUUCUUCGAAACGAGACAUCGCUUCUUCCCUGGAAGACGGCCAUGAGCAACCUGGACUACUUUGUCCACAUGUUUGACCGUUCUGAGGUGUACGGACCGAUGCAGGCGUACCUCCGUCAACAGGUCACAGGCCUGUACAACUUCUUCAGAAACGACACUGACCACUCGCGAGUUCCUGAAGACCAUUCGUUACAACAUCUCCAGAUGUUGGCCGUAAAGGUGGCGUGUUCUAACGGACUCCCAGAAUGUGUAACCAUGGCAACAAAGAUGUUUGCUGAGUGGAUGAACAACAACACCAACAACAUCCACACGAACCUGCGCUCUGAGAUCUACUGCCACGCUGUGGCCGCUGGUGGUAAAGCGGAGUGGGAGUUUGCCUGGCAGAGGUUUGAGAGUUCUGAAGACACGUCAGAGAAAGAGCAGCUGCGUCAGGCUCUGUCCUGCACCAAGAAGAUCUGGCUGCUCAACAGAUACCUGGAGUACACGUUAAACCCGGACAAAAUCCGUCUGAUGGACGUUGAUUCCACGAUAUUCCUCGUGUCCAGGAACGUGGUGGGGCAGGCGCUGGCCUGGAACUUCAUCAGAGCAAACUGGGAAUAUGUUUCAAAGGGAAACCCAGCAUUGCUGGUGGUGGGCGUGGCCAGCAGGUUCUCCACACAGUUUGAACUGGAGGAGCUGCAGCGUUUUGCCAGUGACUACGAGCUGAUGUCGGCCACCAGGGCGGCGGAGCAGAGCAUCGAGCAAACACAAGUCAACAUCCAGUGGGUGAACGACAACAAAGACAUCGUACACCAGUGGUUUGAUCGAGAAAUGGCUUCACGAAGCUAACGUCAACGACAAUGACAACGUUAUUCACUGGUUUUAACUCCUCAUUACCUGAGUUCACAACUCAAAAUGGCCGCUCUGAGCAUCAACACACACACACACACAACAUUACGAUGACUAACAUUAACUAUGAUAUAAAUGUGUUUAAUUUUCAGGGCUGAAAACAACAAUCUGCUGAUAUCAGAUAUAUACACACACAUAUCUAUAUAUAUAUAUAUAUAUGUAUAUACACGUAUAUAUGUCUAUAUCUAUAUGUAUAUAGAUAUAUAUGUAUAUCUAUAUAUAUUUAUAGAUAGAGGCACAAUAGACACAUUAGCAUAUAUUGCAACAUAUUAAAAACUAUAAGCAAAGUGUUUUUUUCUAUUUGAAUGAAAUUAGUAAAAUAACAAAGUUACCUGAAGAAAUAAUAUGGACAUUUAUCCAGUAAAAGGACAGAUGAGGAGUCACAUGAGCGUGUCAUGUGGUGAGAUCUGGUGUCAUCUAGUGGUCAGAAGUAGUACCACAGUGCAGAGAUGUUUUCUUGCUGGUUUCAAAGUUUUUUAUAAAAAUUCACUUGAUGAUUGAGUGGAAAUUUAAAUGUUUUUUUCAUGUUUUUUCAGUGCUGAUUUCACCUGUUUACACACAAAAUGUACAAAUGAACCUUUGUAUGUUAUUUUAAAUAAUAAAAAUGAUGAUGUCACUGUGAUGGGGAUGAUGUCAUCACAGCAAA